AUGAUCUAUGCGCUAAUGGCUUAUGCAGACUAUGUGAUUCUCAUAUGGAUGUUGCUGCCCACUUUUGGACAUUCAAUAUGGACCGUAAUCCACGGCGUGGUGUUCAAUUCGCUGCUCAUCACAACAAUUAUUGCUCAUACGAGAGCAAUGACCGCGGAUCCGGGUGUGGUGCCGAUUUCACAGUCGAAAGCUGAGAAGCCGUUGAACCAGCAGAACGUGGACUAUUCAUCAGACGAGGAGGAUGAAUCAGAUGAAGAAGCGGCGUUCCGAAGGGAUCAUUCGUUCAGUCGACCGUCUGCAACUGAAUGGACCAUGUGUACCCGUUGUGACUCUUUGAGACCACCCAGAGCACACCAUUGUCGAGUUUGCAAGCGGUGUAUACGGAAAAUGGACCAUCAUUGUGGUAUCCUCUGCCUAUGCUGGGUGUACCACGACGCUUACGGGUCAACGGGUCUCAAAGGACCACUCGGCGAAAAUAUAUAUCAUGCUAAAGUAAUUCACUCAGUCAUGCUGGCCAUGGAAAGUGCACUAUUCGGGCUGUUCGUGUUGGCUGUCUCGUGUGAUCAGACGAAACCGCCAUCGAGGCGUGUCAACGACGCGGAAGGAACUAUUUGGCGUCGUCCAGAAGGCCCAGGAAUAGUAAAGUGGCCAUGA